AUGGGAUUUACAAACCAAACAGCUGCUACUAACUUUCUUCUUCUAGGCCUCUCAAGUGACUCAGAAUUGCAACCUGUCAUGUUUGGACUGUUUUUGACCAUAUAUCUGGUCACAAUGAUUGGGAACCUGUUCAUAAUCUUGGCCAUCAUUUCAGAUUCUCAUCUCCAUACUCCCAUGUACUUCUUUAUCUCCAACCUCUCAUUGACUGAUAUCUGUACAAGCACCACUACAAUUCCAAAGAUGCUGGUGAACAUCCAAGAACAGAAUCUAAGCAUAAGCUUCACAGGAUGCCUCACUCAGGCUUGCUUUGCCAUGCUUUUUGCUAGUCUGGAAUGCUGCCUCCUUGCAGCAAUGGCGUAUGAUCGCUACGUGGCCAUUUGCUACCCCUUGAGGUACACUGUCAUCAUGAAUCAGCGCCUGUGUAGUCUACUCAUCCUAUUCUCCCUGCUCAGCAGCACUGUGAAUGCAUUGCUUCUCAGCCUCACAGUGCUGUGGCUUUCCUUCUGCAAAGAUGUGGAAAUUCCCCACUUCUUUUGUGAAAUUACCCAGGUCAUCAAGGCAGCCUGUUCUGGCACAUUCAUCAACAAUAUACUGAUUAAUAUUGCAGGAUUAACAUUUGGUGGCAUUACUUUUGCUGGAAUCAUUUUCUCUUACACUGAAAUUGUCUCCACAGUUUUUAAAAUACCAUCUGUUCAAGGAAGAUAUAAAGCCUUUUCCACGUCUGGGUCUCAUCUGUCAGUGGUUUCUUUAUUCUAUGGGACAGGUUUAGGUGUGUGCAUUAGCUCAGCAGUAACUAACUCUCCCAGGGUGACAGCAGUGGCAUCAGUGAUGUAUACUGUGGUGACUCAAAUGCUGAACCCGUUCAUCUACAGCUUGAGGAACAAAGAUAUGAAGCAAGCCUUAAAGAAACUCAUGGGUAGGAUGACUUCCUUUUUAUAA